AUGGGCAGCGGCUGCAGAGGCGGCGGCGGAGACGCAGUGUCCUGCGCUGGCGGUGGGGGAGAGGAAGACGAUUCCGAAGGAGGAGGGUUUGAGGUUGCUUCCGGCGGAGGAGGAGGUCGUCGGGGGCUCGAGGCGAGGCGGCGCGCAGAGACGCAAUCGCAGUCUCGCAGAGAGUGUGUGAGGGUUGAGGGAGAACGAAGGCCAGCUAGGGUUGGGGGGGAAUGA